AUGACCUCGCUCACUGAAAAGGUUGAAGUGGCUGAUGGGGACCCGGAAAUGCAGCGUACAAUGGACUAUUGGAGGCCUGUGAGAGCGCAAACCAUGUACCAUGAGACGUACCACUGGAAGAACACUGUAUCAGACCCACGAUGCAGAGACCACACUUACCAAGCUGAGGACGUUGUCGAUUUGGCUGUUAAGGAUCAAACCAAAGCCAGUAACAACGCAGAAUACUACACGCAAGCCGCUAUGGCCAUAUAUCUCCAGCAAGUAUUUCACCUCAGCAGUCCUCCCACUCCAGAGGGGUACGGUACUAGUUCAAACUCAUCUGUAUCGAUUGCCGGAACAGAGAUAUUGGAAACUUAUCUCGAUGAUCCUCCAAGAUGGUGGCAGGCACCUGUUGCCAACACCCCCAAAGCAUUCAAACCGGACAUGACCGAUAUUACGAUGAUGUCAGGUGUGGGAUUUCUGACAGCAAUUGGGCCCUUCGCGUCUUGCGUUGACGGUUUAUACGAAGAUAUGGAGCAGUGUAUGGUAUUUUGCUCCAGGGAUAAUAGCUCAUGCGACCAAAGCUCGUCAAACUCAACCAUUGUAUGUAGCGGCUUUGUGAUCGAGCUUACAACGCCAGUUUGCAAAGAAGGAAGCUACUCGGGUUUUGAUGAGUGUGAUGCACACUGCAGUGGUGGUUCCUGCUUUGAAAAUGCGGGUGAAAGUGGCAUACAUGUACAGUGCGAAGAUUGUCCUUAUACUCGCAGCUAUAUAUAA